UCUCCAAAUGUAAGGCAUCGUCUUAAGUUGCGAGCCACGUGUCACUCUCUUCAAGUAAUAUACAUCGAUCAACCUCUUCGUUCAUUAAUCUCACUGCACCCUGUUGAAAUUUGAAGAUGCGUCAUCCGCUACAAUGUGCUUCUCCUCGGAGCCCAAGCUUCUUCAGAGUCCUCCAGCCUGGCUUCAUUAAUAGACUGCGACUCCCGACUAAGUUCGUGACGAAUGUUCUCGCAACGAAGGAGAUCAAGGUCGAAUCGGCCUCGUUGGUGAACCCAAUCGGCGCGUCGUGGAACGUGGAAGUUCACACAAAUGUGGAUCAAGAACUGUACAUUGGAGGGCUUGGUUGGUCUGAUCUAGCCCAUGCUCAUAGUUUGGGGUUGGGAUAUUUCUUGGUAUUCCGAUAUCGAGGCGAUAUGGCCUUCGAUUUCCGAGCAUUUGAUCUCAGCACCUGUGAGAUAUCGUAUCCUUCAGUUUCUCAGAGAGUUUCUAAGAAAUUGAAGCAAAGAGUGCCGGUGUUGGUACGUGUUAAAGAGGAGGACAAACGUAGCAAUUUCAGUCCUGAAUCAACAGUGUCAUGUAUCAGGAAUAAGGAGAAAGAGCUUAUGAAGAGUAAUGCUAUCGGAGGAGUACGUUUUGAGGUGGAACUAACUUCUUACCAGUUAUGGAAAGGCCGUGUAACCAUUCCAAGGCGAUUCAAGGAGCUGAGUGGACUGUGGGAGCAAGGGGAGGUGAGCCUUAGAGAUCCCAAGGACCGGUUUUGGACCGUUAGGCUUGGCGUUAGAAGGGGGAGGCUGGCGAAGACAGAACAGUGCUCCAUGGGAAAAGGUUGGUUGAAGUUUGCUCGUGGUAACAAGCUUGAGGCAGGAGAUAGGUGCAUCUUUGAGUUGGUGUCUCAAGGCAAAGGAAAGGAGAAUGUGAUGCGAGUCAAACUACACAGGAAGAAUGAAGCAUGAAACUUACACAGGAAGAAUGAAGCAUAUAUGAAACUUCGCAGUAAUCCUUGUGCAAUUCAAAUAUGUGUCAUGUAUCCAUGUGCGUACUAAUUAGUUUCCUUCAUAUCUUUGAAGUAUAACUGAGGUUGUUUUUGUUGGGAAUUUCAUGCGUGAGUGGAGGACCCCCUUAGUUAGGCUUAA